AUGGGCCAACUACCCUUCUCUCUACCAUCACGACCAUUCGUUUACACCGGCGUCGAUUAUACGGGACUGAUCACAUUGAAGAAUUUAAAAGGAAGAAGCUCGAAAACGAUAAAAGGAUGGAUCUGCGUGUUUGUCUGUUUCUCCUCAUCAGCAGUUCACCUUACGGUUGUCAGCGACUACUCAACCGAAGGAUUUCUGGCAGCCUACAGAAGAUUUUCGUCGAGAAGUGGGAUCGCUCACAAAUUGUACUCUGACUGUGGCACAAAUUUCAUUGGAGCUCAGGCGGAGCUCAAACGCCUGUUUACGUUAAGUUCAAAGGAGCACCAAUACGCCGCAUCGAUUCUCUCAGCAGACAGCACUCAAUGGAUGUUCACCCCACCAGCAGCUCCUCACAUGGGAGGAAAAUGGGAAGCUAUGGUGAAAUCGAUCAAGUUCCAUCUCAGAAGAACUAUUGGCGAGCUCUUAUUAACAUUUGAAGAGUUUUCCACUCUCCUCACACAGAUCGAAGCGGUGCUCAACUCAAGACUAUUGGAACCGCUCAACGACGAUCCCGACGACAUGUCUGCGCUCACACCAGGCUCCAUCGGCUUAGCGCUUAAUUCAGUACUAGAACCAUCGCUGCUCGAAGUGUCAGCAGGUCGACUCUCCAACUGGCAACUGAUUCAACAAUGA